AGAAAAAGAUUUGGGACCUACCCACAACACUUCCUCUGUGGGUGGUGGUCUCUUGUUAAAAGCUCAUGGCUGUGUGGGCUGUUGGUUUUCUGCAACUGCAACAAUGAGUACUCACUGUAUUAUCAUUGUUCUGUGCCUGAUCCCACUUUCUGGGGGAAGUGAUAGUGGGAUAGUUGGUGGAAAUAUUGCAAAACCUCACUCAAGAAAAUACAUGGCCUCACUCCAGACUAGCAGUCAUUUUUGUGGAGGAUUUCUGAUCCGGGACAACUUUGUGCUAACUGCAGCACACUGUACAUGUCCUAAGUCAAUGAUGGUUGUUCUGGGAGCUCAUGAUAUAACAAAGCCGGAGAAAAGUCAGCAGAAGAUUCAGGUGGAAAAAUGUUUCCAGCAUCCAAAAUAUAAGAGAGAGGGAUAUUACUUUGAUAUAAUGCUUCUGAAGCUAAAACAACAAGCCGAACUAAAUGAGUUUGUUGAAACUAUUGAUCUACCAAAAAAAGACAAAACUAUCAAAGCCCACACAGAAUGUACUGUGGCUGGCUGGGGCAAAACAGAGCCCAACGAAGACAGCCCUGCUUCUAAUGUGCUCCGAGAGGCACAGGAGAAGAUUCAGUUCAACUUUGAAUGCAGACACAUUUGGAAAGACUACUUCAACACAGAACACAUGAUCUGCACCAAAUUCAAUAAGAAGGCAGGAAUCAUGUGCCAAGGUGAUUCUGGAGCACCUCUGAUCUGCAAAAACAAGCCUCAGGGUAUCGCUUCAUUUACCGCUCCUUGUAAUUGCACCAAUCCUAAAUAUCCUCAUUCUUAUACUAAGAUUUCCAGUUUCCUCCCAUGGAUUAAAGAGGUCACAGGAGGAUAUGGUAAUGAGAGCAAACCUUUGAUUAGUAAAGAUUAA